GAGAACAAAUGUCGGCUAUAUCUCUCUCCCUCUCGGGUUGGCUGCUUAAGCUCAUAAGCUGAAGCCCGAAGAGAAGAGUGUUAAGCUCACACUCUCUACUCUCUACGCACACUCUAUAUAAAGGGCAUUUCCUCUCUUCUCCAUUCUUGCAAGUUUUCUUUUUCUUUUAUUAUUAUUAUUUUUUUUUUGGGGGCGGAUCUCUGGUCUCUUUACUAUAUAUUUUGCUUCAAAAAGUUAAAACCAAUAAUGUUUAAGCAUUGAACUCAACUGAGUUUGUCUUCUCUCUCUCUCUGCAUAAGCAUUGUUUCAGUGAGUGCUUUGAAUUGAGAGAUUAUUUGGACUCUGAAUUCUCAGAAUGGUCAAUACAAGAUUUGGCCAGUGGCUGGGGAGGCUUCUACUAGUUUGUACACUCACAAUCCCAUUGCUGCUGCAAGAUCCUGUAGGAAUAACUUACGUCCAAGAUGCGGUCGCCAAAGGAGCCGUUUGCUUGGACGGAAGCCCGCCGGCUUACCACUUUUCUCAUGGAUUUGGCUCUGGAGUCAACAAUUGGUUGGUUCAGAUUGAGGGAGGAGGAUGGUGUAACAAUGUGACUACGUGCCUCGCACGUAAGAACACUCGUUUAGGGUCAUCCAAGGCAAUGGUAAAGGAGCUUUCAUUUUCCGGGAUUCUUAGCAACAAACAGAAAUUCAAUCCUGACUUCUACGAUUGGAAUCGGAUCAAGGUCAGGUACUGUGACGGUUCGUCAUUCACCGGUGAUGUGGAAGCAGUAAAUCCAGCUACUAAUCUCCACUUUAGAGGUGCAAGGGUGUUCCUUGCAAUCAUCGAGGAUCUACAAGCCAAAGGAAUGAAAAAUGCUCAAAAUGCGAUCCUCUCCGGCUGCUCGGCUGGUGGAUUGGCGUCCAUUCUGCACUGUGAUAAAUUUAAAUCUCUCAUGCCUUCAACUACUAAAGUAAAAUGCCUUUCAGAUGCUGGUUAUUUUAUAAAUACGAAUGAUGUUUCUGGAGCAAAACACAUUGAAACCUUUUAUACUGAAGUCGUCGCGACACAUGGUUCUGCAAAGAAUUUACCUUCAUCUUGUACUUCCAGAUUGAGUCCAGGGCUGUGCUUCUUCCCACAAUAUGUGGUCUCACAAAUCCAAACACCAAUAUUCUUUGUAAAUGCAGCCUACGAUUCAUGGCAGAUAAAGAACAUUUUGGCACCUGGUGUUGCUGAUCCUCAUGGAACCUGGCAUUACUGCAAGCUUGAUAUAACGAAAUGCUCGAGUAUUCAACUCAAAACCAUGCAAGAUUUUAGGUUGGAGUUUCUAAAGGCGAUCAGUGUUGUGGGCAACUCCCUUUCCAAAGGGUUGUUCAUAGAUUCAUGCUAUGCCCACUGCCAAACUGAAAUGCAGGAGACGUGGUUGAGGGCCAACUCUCCUAGGCUGGGGGCGACGACAAUUGCAAAGGCGGUCGGAGACUGGUUUUAUGACAGGAGUGCAUUCCAGAAGAUAGAUUGCCCUUAUCCUUGCAACCCCACUUGCCAUAACCGCGUUUUCGAUCCAAAUGACCACCUAGAAUGAAAGGGACCAGUUUGUCAUCUACAAGUACGUUAAGAAAUAAAGAUAAUAUCUCUGUUUCCAUCAAAGAAUAUAGCAUAAGCAUUUGGUAACGGGAUAAGGGGCAGAAAAGAAAAAUGAGCAUAUUAAUAUUGAUUCCAAAUAAGCAAAAGGGCCACCAAUGUGGUGUCUUGUCUUGUCAUUCAUUGUUUAUGUAAUCAAUUAUUUGUACUCAAUGAAGAUCACUUGAUUUAAUCUUUUGAUUAAAAAUUAAAAA